CAGGACAGUUUCUCAUAAUCAAUUCUUAAGGGCAACUCCUCUUGAUCACGAAAAAGAACAAACACUAGCAAAACAUCGAGGAACAGUCGAGCGGUUUUCUUCCAUCUUUUACGCCCUCCAUCACUUCUCUUCGAUAUUCUAAGAGAAAAUGGCCACCAUCACUGCAGCCACACCAACUUCCUUAUCAGUGGUGGUCAGUGCUGGCGUUGUGCAAAAGCGUAGCCUUAGGACCGUAACCUCAUCGGUUCUUGGAUUGCCAGCCAUGGGGAGGAGAGGACGCAUGAGAUGUUGUUCAACAGUAGAGAACAACUCAUCUGCGAGCAAGAAGAGCUCACAUGUCAGCCUAACUGCAGCAUUAAUGGCAGCGACAAGCGCAGUAUCAGCGGUGACAAGCCCAGCUGUAGCUCUGGUUGAUGAACGGAUGAGUACCGAAGGGACUGGUCUCCCCUUUGGUUUGAGUAACUAAUGGCAACUGCAAGAUGAAACUUAGCUUAUAUAAAGACAACUCUCUUUAUUUAUGUUUAGAAAAUCUCUCAAAACUAAACGCAAGCUCUAAUCUUGCUCAUAUGAUCAACCACAACUUUGGUGAUCAUAUAUAUAUAGAAGUAUGAAUUCUUUUUCCUA